AUGAGAUACAUAUCAUCACAAACAGAGCGUGCAGUUCGCUUUGUUGGUCUUUCAACAGCUUUAGCAAAUGCACAUGAUUUGGCUGACUGGCUGGGUGUUGAGGAUAUUGGUCUAUUCAAUUUCAAGCCUAGUGUGAGGCCUGUGCCUCUAGAAGUUCAUAUACAGGCAAGUGGAUACCCCGGGAAGUUCUACUGCCCAAGGAUGAACAGCAUGAAUAAGCCCACCUAUGCUGCCAUUUGCACUCAUUCUCCCACGAAACCCGUUCUGAUAUUUGUUUCAUCUCGUCGCCAGACAAGGCUUACUGCAUUGGACCUCAUUCAAUUUGCAGCUUCAGACGAGCAUCCUAGGCAGUUUCUACGUAUGCCAGAAGAAGCACUACAGAUGAUUCUUUCUCAGGUCUCUGAUCAGAACCUGAGACACACAUUACAAUUUGGCAUUGGGUUGCACCAUGCAGGACUCAAUGACAAGGAUAGAUCUCUAACCGAGGAACUUUUUGCAAACAACAAGAUUCAGGUAUUGGUCUGCACAAGCACAUUGGCAUGGGGUGUAAAUCUGCCAGCUCAUUUGGUUAUAAUUAAGGGAACAGAAUAUUAUGACGGAAAAGCGAAGCGAUAUGUGGAUUUUCCCAUCACAGAUAUCUUGCAAAUGAUGGGUCGUGCGGGGAGACCACAGUAUGAUCAACAUGGAAAAGCUGUCAUUCUUGUUCAUGAACCCAAAAAAAGCUUCUAUAAAAAGUUUCUGUAUGAACCAUUUCCAGUCGAAAGCAGUCUGAGGGAGCAGCUACAUGAGCACAUCAAUGCUGAGAUAGUUUCUGGAACAAUUUGUCAUAAAGAGGAUGCCUUGCAUUAUCUCACGUGGACUUAUUUGUUUCGGAGAUUGAUGGUUAACCCUGCAUAUUAUGGGUUAGAGGAUCCAGAACCCCACACUGUCAGUUCAUAUUUGUCAAGCUUAGUGCAAGACACAUUUGAAGAUUUGGAAGAUAGUGGAUGCAUCAAGAUCAAUGGAGACAGUGUAGAGCCUUUGAUGUUGGGUUCAAUUGCAUCUCAGUAUUACCUUAAAUACUUGACUGUGUCAAUGUUUGGUUCAAACAUAGGUCCAUAUACGUCACUUGAAGUUUUCCUUCACAUACUAUCUGGUGCUUCUGAGUACGAUGAGUUGCCUGUGCGACAUAAUGAGUCCUGGCAGCUCCAGAGAAAGGAAAUUGAUCUUAUACAUAGCAGCUAUGGACAAGUUGACAAGGGUUCGGCCACAGCUGCUCUAGCCAUGUUGCAUAAGAAGGAAGUAUGA